AUGGACUCCUCGGAGAAUACGCAGCACCAGUUCCGAACGUCCGUCAUACGACCCCCCAGCGCUCUGCCCCGACCGGGGACGAGCAUGUCGCACUCGUCGAGUAUCCAUUCGGGCGGCCUUUCAGAGAUGAGCGAUGCGCAAAACAACAGUCGGACGAUGAACAACAAUAGCAGCAUGAUUCCACCGCCAUCAUCGGCCAAGGUUGGCUCGUUGGUCGACCUCAAGCGACAUGUCCCGCAGCCAGCCCAGAUUUCGGACCCGAAGCGCGGCAAGACCCUCGCACAGCGCGCUGGCGAAUACCCCGGCAGAGACGCCGCACACUCAACACACCCUUCAACGGCAGCAGCGGCUGGUGCUUCUGGCCUCACGAGAGCGGGUUCGGUGAGGGGUCAGACUCUCGCAUCGUGA